AUGCGCCAGAAAGAGAAAAGAACGAGGCAAACACCAGGCCUUUCUGCAGUUCACCAUGUCAUUCCAUCCUUGGAGAACCGUCACUUUACGGGCCGUGAAUCGACGCUAGAAGAGCUAAAGCAAAAGCUAUUUUUCCAAGGAAAUACUGAGAAGGUAGCCCUAUUCGGAUUAUAUGGCAUCGGUAAAACCCAGGUUGCUCUUCAGCUUGCGCGCUGGGUAAAAGCGCAUAUAUCGGACUGCUCAAUCUUCUGGGCGCCUGCCCUUAGUCUCGAGAGUUUUGAGCAGGCUUGUUCGCAAAUUGCUAAAACGCUUCAAAUUGAUCGAUAUUCAGACGGUGAAAACGUGAUAGAGUUAGUGCAUCAGCAUCUAAGUUCUGACAAAGCCGGAAAGUGGCUCUUUAUUGUCGAUAAUGCCGAUAACGGGAGCUUGCUCUUCGAUGAUCUUUAUCAGUAUUUCCCUGCUAGCAAGACUGGUAUGACGUUGCUCACUACUCGUGACCACGAGGUAGCGUUUUCGUUCGCAGGAAGGGAUACAAUUAAGGUCGAAAAGAUGACAACAGAGGAAGGGGUUGCGUUUCUUACCAAGAUCAUCGGACCCGACUCGCUUCGUGAUCAAAAGUCGACUAUACUGUUACUUGAGGAGCUGAACUUCUUACCACUCGCUAUUUCACAAGCAGCUUACUAUAUGAUCCGAAAUAAUGGAACAACCAUACGGUACCUCCAGCUUAUGAAGAAGACCACAAACGACCGGAUGCGCCUAGCGACCAGAGAGUUCCAUGAUAUAACUCGCUAUCCAAAAAUGUCGAACGCGGUGGCUACCACAUGGCAGAUCUCCUUCAAUAAAAUCAAAGCCUCUGAUCCCUCUGCCGCAUAUUUGUUGGAAUUUAUAUCUUAUCUUGAGCCAAAGGGAAUACCCCGACUGGUCCUGCCUACCCUUGAUUCGGAGGAGGAGAUGGAGUCUGCGAUUGGUACACUGUGUAACUAUGGGUUUCUGACCAGGAGAAAUGAUUUGGAUAUUUUCGAUAUACAUAGCCUUGUGCAGCUAUCAACACAACUGUGGAUAAGAGAGGCACAGAAGAUGCAGCAGAUCAUCGCGACCGUGACACGAUACAUGGACAAGUGCUUUCCGUCUGCUGAAUACACAAACCGUGAGACAUGGAGGAUAUGUCUUCCACAUGCCCUUAGAAUUCUUAGAAGAGAGGAAAAUAAAGAUAUAAGUGAGCGGUAUAGCUUACUUUUGAAGGUUGGGAAAUGUGUUCUAGCGGAUGGCCGAGCAAAAGAAGCUGUUACUUUUUUCGAAGAUGUGUGUGCAUGGGGUGAAAGGCACUAUAAUGAAGAACAUCCCUCUCGGCUGACGUCUCAGCAUGAACUCGCAGGGGCAUAUGAAUCCAACGGGCAGAUCAAGCAAGCCGUGGAGCUACUCGAGCAUGUCGUCGCAGUGCAAGAGAGAACGCUUGAUGAAGAACAUCCCUCUCGACUGGCGUCUCAGCACGCUCUCCAAGACAUGAAGCAGUCGAUCAAAGAAGGAUCACUGUAA